GUAUUUUUUAACCAAAUAAUUAUUAAUCUGUUAUUUUAAUAAUAAAUUUAUAAGUUGUGUUAUACCGCAUAUUGGUGAUUGUUGUUUGAAAAGGAAUUGAUUUGAAAUAUUAUUACAAACUGUGUAGAGUAAGUACGCGUCAGCCUUGAAGCUUCCUUUAUAAGCCGAGGAGAAACUUUCAGUCAACAGUGGUCUCUGAAUGUUCACCAAGACACUCCAACAUACAGAAAUGAACUCGGAAACAAUUGACUUGACUCUGCGAGUUGAAGAAGAACCAUCAUCAGCCGCUUCUUCUAAAAAAUUACCUAAACUGCCAACUACUACUUUUAUCAACAAACAUUAUCAACAUCAUCAACAGCAGCUGCAGCAGCAGCCGCACCAACAACCGCAACAACAACCGCAACAACAACCGCAACAACCUCAACAACAACAACAGCAGCAACAAGGACAGACUCCUACUACAUCAAAUACUGGUAGGUCAACAUCACACAUAAGGUUUCUAACUUUAAUGCAAAUAAUAGAAAAUCUUUGGAUGAUAGGAUUUAGAAAUUUGGACACAUGGCAACAGUUAGUUGCAGAACUUCAAAGAUCAAAGGAGGUUUACAUGAAUCCCGUUGCUGUACAACUACUUUUUAUUUUUCAAAAUUUGUGCGAUGUGCUUUCAAAACAUUAUAUGAUGUCUGGUGAUCUUUCACAAGACAAACAAUUGUAUUACAUGUUACAAGAUCAGCCUUGUGAUGAAUUGUUAUCAAUCUUUUCCGGUGUUGUUGAAAAAAAUAUAAAUCUUUCAUUUCCAUUAAAUAUUAUUAAAAAAAUUCAAGAUAUUGGAAGAAAUAAAUUAAUUUCACUUGAAACAGGUUAUGAGAAAAAAACUUCUGCUAAAAAACAAAUCAAAAAAGGAAUUAAAAGAUCUAAAAAUGAAGCAUCGUCAUCAUCAUUAUCAUCUGAUACUGAUUGUGAUAACAAUGCUGAUUAUGAUGAUGAUGAAGGUGAUAAAUUUGUCAAAUUAUUUAAUCAAAAGAAAAGUAGAUCGUUGUUCAUUUCUCAACAUUUACAAUACCAAUGUGGGGAUAAGAAAAAGAAAAUUUCCACACCUGGCGAGUCAGGAACACAUUUAAUCAAGAUUGAAAUAACUGAUGUUCGAGAUCUAAAAAAAUGUAAAAACGAAAAGUUUUACUGGCAAAAAGUUUCCAGAAAAGGUUAUUUCUUGUUAGAUAUUAAACAAAAUGUAGAAGAUAAGAAUAUUUUUGAUACAAUUAAUAAUGUAUUAACAACAGUAGGACAAAAUAUGUUAAGACUUGAAAACGUAAAACAAGAAACUGUCACUUAUGAUAAAAAAGAUAAGGCAUAGUGUAAGUAGUAAAUGGGUUUAAUUAA